UCAGCCCCAGGUAGCCAUGCAGCAGCCUGCUGUCCACGUCCAAGGCCAGGAGCCACUGACUGCCUCUAUGCUGGCUUCUGCUCCCCCCCAGGAACAGAAGCAAAUGCUGGGGGAGCGCCUCUUCCCACUUAUCCAGAGCAUGCACCCCAGCCUGGCGGGCAAGAUCACUGGCAUGCUGCUGGAGUUAGACAACUCAGAGCUACUCCACAUGCUCGAGUCCCCAGAGUCGCUACGUUCCAAGGUGGAUGAAGCGGUUGCCGUGCUGCAGGCUCACCAGGCCAAGGAAGCUGCUCAGAAAUCGGUGACCAACUCAGCCAGUGUGCCGAGCGUCUAGGCAGAGGUCUUGCUGCCCCUUUAGCUUCACCAAGAAAAACAGUUGGGGGAAAAAAUAAAACAUUGCAAAAAGAAAAUGACUUUAAAAAAAAAAAAAGGAAAAGAAAGAAAAACAUGAUUUUUUUGCCAGGUCUAAUAAUGUUACGGUAGGCCUAGUUAAUUGUAAAAUUAAAAAAAAGAGAGAGAGAGAAAAAUAAGAAAACGAAGAAAAAUGACAUCGGUGUGACACAUGUCACUGGACCACAAUCAUUCCUUUUUAUUAGUUUUAUUGUGUGGAUGCUUUAAAUAUUGGCUCCUUUCAGUGGUGGGGAAAAUCAUAUCUGACCAUUGGAGUAAUCUGGAUUGAACAUUGCUUGCUUUAAUAAAAAUUAAACAUUG